AAAGAGAAGGAAGACGAAGCGGCGAAAUCUUCGCUUAAGGAAGACGAACCGUCAAAAGAACCGUCGCAGCUCGUGGGCUACCUCAGCACGGUGGGCCUCGGCGACGCGCCGCCGCCGGAGAUCAUCCUCAAUCCCCGCUUCAAAAAGACCAAGUACCGCGGCGUCCCGACCAAGGUGUUCUUCCACGGCAGCGAGUGCGAGAACGGCGUGACGCUCAACGAGGGCGACGAGGUGGAGUACACCUUGUCGAUGCCGAGCAAAGGCUCGACGAAGGAGCCGUGCGCGCGGCGGAUCGUGCGGACGAAGGAGACGCCGCAACCCAAGCGUCCGACGUUUACCAACGUCCGCGAUGGCGACGGCGACGGCGACGGCGACGGCGACGGCGACGGCGGCCGGCCGGAGGGGUCGAAGUUCGGAGGCGGCGGCGACGCCUCGCGCGUCGUCGAGGCGAAGAUGCCGGACGGCACGCGAGGGUUCGCGAUGGGACGCGGCGCGGGGCUGGCUGAGGCGGCGAGCGCGGCCAUCUCGCGGCUGAAGAUCGCGGCGCGAUUGUUCACGCCGCCGUCGCCGAGGAGCGCGGCGGAGUCGCCGACGCCGCCGCCGGAGCAGGUGGAGGACGCGGAGGAGUGAGAGGCGGCGGCGGCGGCGGCGGCGGCGCGUUCGUUUGUUCGCGCGGGUGAUUGCGUUUAUGAGGCGGGGCGAGGCGGGGCGGGGGAGCGGCGUCGACGCGGCGAGCGAGAGAAAGUUGAACAUUUUGACAUGGCGACGACUGCGACCACUGUCACGGCACCUGUUCGAAUCGAAACUCGCUCGUCUGUCGUUUUCGCGCGCGUCCGCGGGUCGGGUCGUCACUCGAGACGACGCGCUCGCGCGCGCGCCCUCGCCCUCUCCGUCCUCGCGUCCGCGUCUCUCCGCGUCUCGCGAACGGUCAUGGAGUCGUCCCCGCGCGCGGUCGCGCCGCUGGCGGACGUGACGAACCCCAAGGCGCGUCAAAGCGCGAUCUCGAGCUCGGUGACGACGCCGACGCCGCCGAGCGCCUCCGCGAAAGCGACGCCCGCGCGCGCGAGCGACGACGACGAGCCGUCGACGACGGCGCCGACGACGACCGAGCCGCGGGAGGCCGCCGCGGAGGACGCAGAUCUCGCGCCGGAGAUCUCGCCCGCGCCGGAGAACGCCGCCGCCGCCGCCGACGCCGCCGCCGACGCCGCCGACGCCGACGCGCCCGCGGCGAAGAAGCCGAAGAAGCUCCCGAUCGAGGCGCCGCCGAAGCCGAUGUCGCGCGCGCUCCCGGACGCGCUCGCGGAGUGGAAGGACUACGCGGAGAAGGAGCUGACGCAGCUGCACCGAUUCCGGAAGCAACAGCUCCUGGACUGGUGGCUCGUGAAGGGCGCGAUCAACUGCGCGGUCGUGUCGUGCCCGGUCGCCGCGCUCCGAGCGGAGAUUCGCGCGCUGCGAGAUAACGGCGUGUACGGCAGCAGCAUGGUGCCGUAUCUGCAGUGCUUGCGCGGCAUCCUCGACACGGUGGACGCGCACGCGGACGACGUGGAUGAAAACACGCUCGAAGAAUUUAGCGAGAGCGAAGACGAGGAGGAGGAGGAGGAGGAGGACGACGAGGACGACGACGCGGCGGAGGAUAGCUACGACAGCGAGGGUGGCGAGGAGGCGUACGAUAGCGAGAACGACGCGUACGACAGCGAGGCGGAGGCGGAGUGCGGCGACGACGCCGACGCCGACGCCGGCGGCGGCGCGAAGAAGCAGGGGUUGAGGGUCGUAGAGGGGAUGGUCGCGUCGCCGCCGGCGGCGGCGGCGGCGGCGGCGGCGGCGGCGCGCGCGCAAUCGCACUCGAGACCGAAACCGACCGUGGUGCCCGUGCGCCUGAAGAAGCCGUCCAAGGGCGGCAGCAAAUCGUCGAAGGGCGCGAGCGAACGGUCGGAGUACCAGAUCGAGAAGCGCGCGCGGUAUAACCUCUUCGCGCGGUUUUUAGGGUCCUACUUCGCGUCCGAACGCGUCGAAAAGGCGGGCGUCGCGGAGCUUUUGAAUCACCCGGACGCGGCCGGGUUUGGCGACGACGAGGUGGUGUCGUUCCUCGACAUGAUGACGCGGGAGAAUAAAGUCAUGCUCGACGAGGGGACGGUUUGGAUCAUCUGACGAGAGGAACGUUUGUACGUAGUCCGUCAAAACCAGAAAAAGGUGAUCUAUAGACGUGGUUCG